AAUAUCAGUCAUCCUUAUCAAACCGCUCAGCUCGCUCGCUCAUUAGUCGAGUCGUUUCUCAUGGCGACUUCUCCAGCGGCUACUUCUGUUCGGCUUCACCACGAAGCCGCCGCCGCCGCCGCCACCAACAUAUAUGACUUGCCGGACGUGAUCCUCUCGAACGUUAUCGCCGCCAUCUCCGACGCGCGCAGCCGCAACUCCGCCGCGCUCGUCUGCCGGAAAUGGCUGGUACUCGAACGCGCCACGCGGACCUGCCUCACGCUCCGCGGCAACGUGAGGGACCUCAUCAUGCUUCCCACGUGCUUCAGAUCCGUGACUCAUCUCGAUCUGUCGUUGCUCUCCCCGUGGGGCCACCCUCUCCUCUCCCACGCGAACUCCGGCACCGCCAUCGCCACUGACCCGGCCCUAAUCGCGCACCUCCUCUGCCAUGCCUUUCCGUCGAUUACUUCGCUCAAGCUCUACGCUCGCAAUCCCUCCACGCUCCAGCUCCUGGCUGCGCAGUGGCCGCAGCUGAUGAAAAUCACGCUGGUCCGAUGGCAUCAACGGCCGCAGUUGGCCGCCGGCGAGGAACUCAGCUCCUUCUUUCGCGAAUGUUCGAAUAUCGUGUCGUUAGACUUGUCUGCGUUUUACUGCUGGACCGAUGAUAUUCCUCCUGCGCUUGAAUCUCACCCCCAAGUUUCCUCGAAACUCACCGCCCUAAAUCUCCUAAAUCCUUCGUUCUCCGAAGGCUUCAAGUCCGAAGAAAUCACCGCAAUUGCAAAAUCCUGCCCCAAUUUGAGAGAAUUCCGCGCUGCUUGUAUGUUCGAUCCUAGGUACAUUGGUUAUGUCGGGGAUGAAGCCCUGGUUACAAUAGCCACCAAGUGCCCCAAUCUCUCCGUGCUUCAUUUAGCUGAUACUUGUGCUCUAUCCAGUACGAGAGGUGAUCCGGGGGACGAGGGUUUCACAGCCGAGGAAGCAAAGAUAACGGUUUCCACUUUGAUUGAGGUAUUUUCUGGUCUUCCAUUACUAGAAGAACUUGGUUUGGAUGUUUCUAAUAGUGUUAGAGAUAGUGGUCCUGCAUUUGAAAUUCUCAAUUCAAGAUGUCCUAGAUUAAAAUUCCUGAAGUUAGGGCAAUUCCAUGGCGUUUCCACGCCGAGAGAUUGGAAGUUAGAUGGAGUUGCUCUUUGUCAAGGGCUGAGAUCUUUAUCAAUUAGGAAUCCAGGAGACUUGAAUGAUAUGGGAUUGAUAGCUAUAGGGAGAGGGUGUUCCAGGCUGGGGAAGUUUGAGAUUCAAGGUUGUAGGAGGAUUACAAUGAAGGGAAUGAGAACUCUCGCUAGUUUGCUUAGGAAGACUUUGGUUGAUGUCAAGAUCUCUUGCUGCAAAAACCUUGGUGCAGUCUCGUCGUUGAAAGCCUUGGAGCCAAUACAAGAUACCAUCCAAAGGCUUCAAAUUGAUUGCGUGUGGGAUAGCGUGGAGGAUAUGGGGAGUUCUAAUGGAGUUGAGUUCAAUUUUGAUCUCAACAAGGUAAAUGGAGCUGGAGUAUCUGAUACUAGUAUGGAUGAUGAUGAUGAUGAUUCAGUAAUGUGCUGCAACAAGAAGAAAAGGCCAAAGUAUUCUUAUGAUUUGAAUACUCUGUACGAUGAAGCCAUUGGUGAAGGCAACGACUGCGGCACUAGUUUUGGUGGUGGUCAGACCUGGAACAAGCUGCAUUAUCUCUCGCUUUGGAUUGGUGUGGGUGAGCUUCUCACUCCGCUUCCUGGUGCUGGUCUCGAGAAUUGUCCAAACUUGGAGGAGAUACGGAUUAAGGUGGAAGGCGAUUGCAGGGUAUUGUCUAAACCUUCAGAUAGAGCAUUCGGGUUGAGAACUCUUUUGCGCUAUCCUAAGCUUUCGAAGAUGCAUUUGGAUUGUGGAGACAUUAUAGGCUAUGCGCACACUGCGCCGUCAGGGCAGAUGGAUUUGAGCCUGUGGGAAAGGUUUUAUCUUUUUGGAAUUGGGAAUUUGAGUCUAAGCGAACUUGAUUACUGGCCACCACAGGACAGGGAUGUCAACCAAAGGAGUUUAUCCCUACCGGCACCUGGUUUGCUACAACAAUGCUUAAUGCUUAGGAAGCUUUUCAUUCAUGGAACAGCGCAUGAACACUUCUUGAAGUUCUUUCUCAAUAUCCCAAACCUGAGAGAUGUGCAACUGAGAGAAGAUUAUUACCCAGCACCUGAGAAUGAUAUGAGUACUGAGAUGAGAGCUGAUUCUUUAAGUCGCUUUGAAGCAGAGCUAAACAGGCGCCAGAUUUCGGAUUGAUGCAGGGAGUGAAUCUGUAGUUCACACCAGUUUGGGGAACAAAAUCCAUUUAAAAUUUUUGAAAUUUUCUUACUUACUGCUAAUGUACAAAUGAGAGCUGUCGUUGCAUGACAAAGUCAUACUUUUUGAUUCCA